AUAAUAUUUGUUCCUUUUACCUCUCUCUCUCUCUCUCUCUCUAUCGGUUGUGUGUUGUGGAAGCUUGUUAGCUUUCUCUCUUCUCCGUCAUUCGAUUGUCAACGCGUUUAUCUCAAGUGCGAUCUCGUUGAUCAGAGGAUUCCCCGAGCUUCAGAUCAAAAAUCAUGGCCACCGCUGGGAACAAGAACAUCAACGCCAAAUUGGUACUGCUUGGGGAUGUUGGAGCUGGAAAAUCAAGUCUUGUGCUUCGGUUCGUCAAAGAUCAGUUUGUUGAAUUCCAGGAAUCAACGAUAGGUGCAGCCUUCUUCUCUCAAACAUUGGCUGUGAAUGAUGCAACUGUCAAGUUUGAGAUUUGGGAUACAGCUGGCCAGGAACGUUACCAUAGCUUGGCUCCUAUGUACUACAGGGGUGCUGCUGCUGCCAUUAUUGUCUUUGACAUUACUAAUCAAGGCUCAUUUGAGAGGGCGAAGAAAUGGGUUCAGGAACUGCAGGCUCAAGGCAAUCCUAAUAUGGUGAUGGCUCUUGCUGGAAACAAAGCUGAUUUAUUAGAUGCAAGGAAAGUGUCUGCAGAGGAGGCAGAGACAUAUGCUCUAGAGAACAGCCUUUUCUUCAUGGAAACCUCAGCCAAGACUGCAACAAAUGUCAAAGACAUAUUCUAUGAAAUCGCAAAAAGGCUACCACGUGUACAGCCAACCGAAAACCCAGCAGGAAUGGUUCUCCCCAGUGGGCCAGCAGCUACUGCAGUGAGUUCAUCAUGUUGUGCUUAAGAGACCUCUCUCUCUCUUGGUUAGUCACAGUAGCAAGAAACAUCGAGACUCUUUAUGUGUUUUCUUCUUGUCGUUUUACUUCGCUUUGCAUUGUAUAUCAAGAUGCUUCCAACCCUGUGGAAAUCUAAAGAUACUUGUAUUUGAAGAGGUUUGAAUCUUAUUUGUAAUUAGAUAUAUCACAACCUACUAUGCGUGUGAUCGCUUCUAUAUAUUUUGUGCACUAAAAUCC